AUGUAUCAAAAUAAAAUUUCACGGCUUAAAGAGGCAAAUCGAGAUUAUGCAUUGGAAAUUUUGAAGCAAGAUAGUAUUGUUAGCCAACUGGAGCAGAACCGAUUACAAGAAGCAGAAAGUGAAAAAAUUCGUAAAGACGAAAAAUUAAUAAACGAUUUGCGGAAAAACAAUGCAGAAUAUCAACAAAAGCUGCUUCAUCUCGAAGAACAGAUGAGAAGCAAGGAAAAAGAAUUUAGCUUAAGAGAAUAUAAAAUUUGUGAAGCAUACGAGGCUCCAUUAGAAAAGCUACAGUUGUUCAAAGAGGAAAAAAAAUUACAGGAACAAACCGAGGAGUACAGGGUCCAGCUGGAAAUUGCUUUAGAACAACGGAAAUUAUUGGAAGAGAAGUAUUAUGCUUUAAAAAAUCUUUUGAAUCGAGAGACUGAGAAAACAGAAUCAAAACAGGAAAUUCUUGAACCAAAACAGUUAGAUCUUACUGAAGAGAAGGAUCAUCUAAGGACUUCAGUACCAGGAAAAUUUACUACAACGGAUAUACACGAAAGAAAUGAUCAGUCACCGCUGUUUUUUACCGGUAAUUUGAAAGCCGAAAAAAUGGAACAGUUUGUAGCAAACGAGAAACAAUUGGUUGAAAUUUGCCAGGAAACGGAUUUAAAGCUUACAGAGUUGCAAAAAUCAGUAAUGCGAAAACAAAGCAUUAUUGAAGAAUUACAAAGAAAACUUUCCAAUGCUGAAAGAAAACUUCUUGUAAAGUCGACGGAACUUAGAAGUUUGAAGAAGCAAAAUCGUGAAUUGUCUGCUGAACGGAAAGCUUCAAGGUUGAAAUUACUGGCAGCUGAUAAUGCGAAGCAGAUACGGUUGCAACAUAUGCAAGUUCAAAUAGAUAAAGCGUUACAACAAAUUCGAAGUCAGAGAAGAAAUGUGCAAAAUGUGGAUUAUAAAGGUAAAGAAAUUAAACACUUGCAAAGCCUGAUAGAGAAUCGCGGUACCGAAAUGCAAAGUGUGAACACCCCUUACAAAGAUGCCGUGAAGAAGGUGCAAAAAACAAUGACAGCGGUCGAACGUAGACUGGUUAACACGAAUCAGCAUAUUGGUGAAAAUCGGUAUUGGACUUUAUGGUUAAGCUCUGAAGCAUUCUGA